CUCACUUUUAUUGGAAAUGAUUCUCUGGUGGAAUGAAUGGUUAUUCAUUUUAAAAAUAGCACUCUCCUGUUUGGUAAUCCUAAUUAUUUAUAAAAUUCUACAUUACAUCAGAGAUGGAGUGCGGAAAUAUUUGAUGGUUCAAUCGUCUUCAGUACCAGCCCUUAAAGGCAUCCAUUCAUUGCGCUACUUAUCAAUAAUAAUUUCUACAUACAAGCAAAGUACGCCUAACUGUCCACCCCUGGCAUUGAUAUUUCAGUGGUUGUGGGGCCUUUGUCUAUUAUAUGGAACCAAAGGUGUGAUGCGAGGAACUCUUCUGUUUAAACAAGCAAUUGUAUUCUACAAACCGGAAACUGUACAGGUUUUAUUAAGUGAUAAAGAUCUUAUUGAGAAAAGCAGCGAAUAUAAGCUUAUGGUUCCUUGGCUGGGUACUGGACUCGUUACAAGUGGAGGCGCAAAAUGGCGGAAACAUCGGAAGCUGCUAACACCAACAUUCCAUUUUUCAAUUCUGGAGAAUUUCAUUCCUGUGUUCCAAGAGCAGUCCGAAAUUUUGGUUUCAAAAUUACAGCUCCGUAUUCAGGAACCAUGGAUAGAUGCUCUGCCACUUAUAUCUACCUGUACAUUAGAUGCCGUAUGCCAGAGUGCUAUGGGAAUUUCCAUUAAUGCUCAAAAUGAUGAAAACUUGGAAUAUUGUAAAGCAAUUCAUGAAAUCACAGAUAGUUACGUAUACCGGAUGAUGCGACCAUGGCUAUAUCCUGACAUCAUCUUCAACUUCACUUCACACGGGAGAAAGUUCAACACUAGCAUUGAAAUUGUUCAUGGAUUAAGUAAGCAGGUAAUAAAAGACAAGAAAAUUGAAAUGAUAACAGGUGUUAAUGGGAAUUCGAAAUCAGAGAAGGAAAUGGAAGGAAGCUAUUUUCAAAACAGGAAACCGUUUUUAGAGUUACUUCUGGAAUAUCAUCUGAAAGAUCCGACAUUUACAGAAAACGAUAUAAGAGAAGAAGUAGAUACUUUCAUGUUUGCGGGUUAUGACACUAUGGCAGUAACAAUAAAUUGGACCUUAUACUGUUUAGGAGUUUACCAAGAAAUUCAGAAAAAAGUUCAUGAAGAAAUAGAUAAGAUAUUUAAAAUGGAAGAGAACAAUAGCAUCUCACGCGAAACUUUGACACGAAUGAAAUAUCUUGAAUGCGUCAUCAAGGAAACAAUGCGACUGUAUCCAACCGUUCCAGUGAUCUUAAGGGAAAACAAACAAUCUUUUAAAGUUUUGGGUUAUAACGUAUAUACUGGUACUACGUGCUGUAUUUUUAUUUCCGCUUUACAUCGGGAUCCUGUGUCAUUUCCCAAUCCAGAAAUAUUCGAUCCAGAUCGUUUCCUACCAGAAAACAGUAAAAAUAGGCAUCCUUAUGCCUAUGUUGCCUUUUCUGCCGGGCCUCGGAACUGUAUAGGUCAGAAAUUCGCAAUGAUGGAAAUGAAAAUAAUUUUAUCAAGCAUUCUCAGACGCUUCCGUGUCUCUUCUUUGGACGGCAGAGAAAAAGUGAUUAUCUACCCUAAUCUUGUUAUUCGAAGUGUUAAACCUUUGAGACUGAAGUUUGAGUCCCGGUGAUUGUAAAGUUGUCACAUUUUUGAUUUAUAAGGGUCAAUUUUUAAAAGCUGUACUCUGCAUGCUAAGGAAAUGAAUAAAAUAUACGUCCUUCCUUUAAA